GCUGGUAGGCGAGUCAAGUAUUCGUCAGCCUUUGGUAGUCUCGAAACUCUUAUUCUUUGUGAUAACUGUUGAUAAGGGACAGAAUAACAGCCAGGCUACCAUGUUCAAAGUCAAACGGCGUUUGUCGAAGCUAUCCAAAAACAAACAACCAGAUUUGGCUGUAUCACAACAGUCUCUGCCAGUCCAGCAUCCAGCGAUUUUGUCUCCUCCUUUACACAGUGGAUCGGACGUUUCUUCCUUGCAAUCUUCGAAUGCAGCACUACGCAGUUGCUUGCGUGCUUCGGAAAGUAGCGGUGGCAGUCACGAUGCAUCCUCCGCUCGCGAUAGUCAAAUUCAACAAAAGCAGCCGUUGCAAUCCGCUGAAGAUCAAUCAGGGCUCAUUUAUGGCCGGCCACGCAAUGCGAACGGAAGCAGCCAACAUAGUGGUGAUAGUAGUUCUGGAAGAUUGCGAAAAGUUCGAUUUCGUCAUGUCCAGGUUCGCGAGUUUGAACGUAUAAUUGGAGAUAAUCCGUCGUGUUCCAGUGGAGCACCCGUAGCGUUGGGCUGGGCCCAUAGUCGGGAUCGCACGAUGCGUUUGGACGACUACGAAUCGGUACGGCCAUCGCGUCGGUCGCAGUUGGACUUGAUUUUAACCCGGCAAGAUCGGGAGGAGCUCUUACUGGAAUGGGGCUCAACCUUUCAGCAGAUUAUUGACGCCAUCCGAUCCAACAUUCGGGUAAAGAAUCAACGCCGGCGGACGGUCAACAACAUAGGCACCUAUGAUCGUUGGGAGGAAGCCAUGGAGAAUGCUGGUCGGAAAAUCAAACGUACGCUACUCCUCAAGAAAUCUACUAAGCAGCGUGUUGAAGAAAUGACUGCGCAAUCGAAUACAAUUCGCGUUGUAUCGCAGCACGAAGUGCAAGGUAACCGCAACGCUAGUGAAGUUAACGCAAUCACGCCGCGACGUCGGCAUUCCGAGGACGAUUCAGAAAAAUCCCCUCAAUUGACAUCGCAAUCUGAUAUUUCGAGCAAUGUUGAUCCCGCAACGAUCCUGGAACCAGAAGACGCUGCGUUUCUGGUUGGAGUUGAAGAGGGGAAAUCCUUAGGAGGCUCAUCGUUCUUAAGUGUAGACAGCAACAGACCAACAUCUGUUAUUGAAGUCGGCAUUGUGGAGCGCACGACGCUCACAGAAGAUUUCUAUUCUUACAUGGAAGAAAUGACAGCUACUUCCGGACUUACGGGCAUUUCAGGAGCAACACACGAAGACCAAUUUUCAAAUGAUGGCUUUGAAAUGCUGGACCGGGACAAUUCUUUCUGGGAGGUUGAUGAAGAUCGUUCCGAUUUCCCCCGUAUACGCCGCAUGGUUACCCCUAUGGUCAUCUCCGAAGAUGGAGCAGCGUUUGAUGUCCUGAAUCAGUACGAGCAAUGGGACAGCAAUGGUGGCUUUUCGGGUGCUCAGCAACCGCCGCCAUAUUCUAACUCCAUCAUUAACAAGUGGGAGUAGUGGACUACGCAUGUUAUUCAUUGUCAGUCCAUGGAUGUUUACAACAGAUUUCGAAGUGCAAGGGUUCUCACACACAACGUGGAAGCACAGCGUUACGUUGUACAGUCGAUGGCACGCUCAUAAUGGGAUUGACU